AUGACUAGAAUCCUGAUCACAGGUGCCGGGGGGUUCAUCGGCCAGGCACUGGCUUCGGCCUUGAUGCAGGAGCGCACAGUUGAAAAGAUUGUCCUCACCGACGUCAGAGUUCCCGAAAUCCCCAAACCCAAGCCCAACGCAAGCAAGCCAGCCACACAUUGCCAGGUAGAUGCUGUGGCCGCCGACCUGGUGUCUCCCGAUGUGUGCGAGCGUUUGCUGACACCAGACCUGACGCACAUCUUCCUUCUUCAUGGCAUCAUGUCGGGGGCAGCGGAGGCCAACCUCGAGCUUGGGCUCAAGGUCAACCUGGACUCGAUGCGGCAUGUCAUGGACGUCCUGCGCAAUCAGACGCGCGCGCGACCUCCUCGGGUCAUCUUCCCUUCGAGCUUGGCGGUCUUUGGGCCUGCGGGGCCUAGGGAUGUCAUCACGGAGAGCACGAUGCCACUGCCACAAUCAUCGUACGGUGCCCAGAAAGCUGUCAUCGAGAUUCUACUCAACGACCUCUCGCGCCGCGGUCUGCUAGACGCACGCAUCGUGCGUCUGCCCACAAUUAUCGUCCGCCCCGGGCAGCCCUCCGGCGCCGCCUCGUCCUUCUGCUCCGGCAUCAUCCGCGAGCCCCUGAAGGGCGAAGUUGCCAAGCUACCCGUAAGUCGCAGCCUUGAGCUGUGGAUUUGCUCCACCCGAACCGUUGUCCGCAACCUUGUCAUUGCGGCGCUCGGCGUCCAGGAAGUUGCUUUCGGGAACGGAAGCCGCAUAGUGAACCUCCCUGGCACAACCGUCACAGUGCAGGAGAUGUUGGAUGCGCUCGCAAAGGUUGCCGGCUCAUCCAUCUUGGAUCUCGUGCAGGAGGAGUACGACGAGGGCACAGCGAAGAUUGUCGGUUCGUGGCCAGCCAGGUUUGACGUCAAUCGAGCUUACAGUCUUGGGUUUGAAAAGGAUGUGAGCGUAAAACAAGCAAUACAACACUACCUGGAGGAUUAUGGAUCCUAG